AUGGGAACAACAGUUACAUCGGGAUAUGAUAAACAAAAACACGACAAAUUCAUGGAAAAAGUACAAAGUGAAACAUCAACACGUCUUGGAGGCGAUCCAAGUAUCAAGGAUUUGAAUGCAUGGGCCAAGACAGUGUCUGACAAUCCAGUAGUAUCAAAAUUUAGCAUGAAAUUUAUUGUUGAUUUGCUCAAUACACAACGAUUUCCGUCGGAUACACAUAUUGCAGACAAAGCAAAAUUGAUUAAAACGGCACCAGCCAAAGGAUGUCCAAUUGGCUACAUAAAAUUUUCAAACUGGCGUCGUUGCUAUAAACAAGUUGAUUCUUUGGUUGAUUUAUGGGGAACCUUAUGUGGUUUUGAUACUGCUGGAUAUAUACCACGAAUACAAGUACCAUGCGGAGGAAUGUACGCAUCUAUGAACAAAUGUCCCGCAAAUUUUCAAUUAUCAUCUGCCACUCUUGGACGUUGUUACAAAAUAUAA